AUGGCCGUCUCUGCAGUGACAGAUACAAUAGCCAGACCCCCUCACACUCUCCUCCACCUGCUGCUGCUGGACCUUCAAGAUUUUUAUGUGUACUAGAGGAGGAGUGACUGCUAUGAGUUAGAUAGGACAAGUCGUGUGCAAUACAUUUACAACAGAGAAGUGUACAUCCAGUUUGACUGCGUCAUGGGGGUGUUUGUGGCUGUGACUGAGCUCAGGCGCAUAACUGCCAAGAACUGGAACAUCCAAAGGGAGUUUCUGGAGCUGAGAAAGAGCGCCGUAGAUACGGUGUGCAGACACAACUAUGAGUUGGACAAGGGUUUCGCCCUAAAGUGCAGAGUCCAGCCUAAAGUGAAUGUCUUCCCCUCCAAGAAGGGGCUCCUGCAGCACCACAACCUGUUUGUCUGCCACGUGACAGAUUUCUAUCCAGGCAACGUUCAAGUUCACUGGUUCCUGAAUGGACAGGAGGAAACCACUGGGGUUGUGUCCACCAAUCUGAUCUAUAAUGGAGACUGGACCUUCCACCUCCUGGUGAUGCUGGAAAUGACUCCCCAGCAGGAAAAUGUCUAUACCUGCCAAGUGGAGCACCCCAGCUUGGACAGUCCUGUCACUGUAGAGUGGAAGGGACAGUCAGAUUCUGCCCAGAGCAAGAUGCUGACUGGAACCGGGGGCUUUGUGCUGGGGCUCGUUGCCCUCAUGGACAACAAGGACCUCAGCCAAUAG